GGACAACGUUCAAUGCAAUCUUGAGUACAAGUUCUAUUAUGCCACUAUGGAUCUCCUCCGCGGUCGUACAAUAAGUGGAUGUUGGCUGUCAAUCUUCUGACUUUUAGACCUCCUAUGCAGGUGUACAUACGGGAGCAUUAGUAAACGCCUAUAUAUUGAGCGAACGGCCGUACAAUUUCUAUUUUCUCCCACAUUGAUCUGCAUAGUAACUACACUUUGAUCCCCCUUAGAGUACUGUUCGCGCUAUACUAUAUUCAACCAAUUACGAAAUGGUUAAAAUUGCCGUCGCUGGUGGCUCAGGCCAGGUUGCCCGAGAGGUUAUUGAUGCUCUUAUAGCAACGCAGAAACAUGAUAUCACUAUAUUAAGCAGGAAGGAGCCGCUGUCGAUGGCAACUUUGACUGGAAUCAAAUGGAAGAUCGUUGAUUACAGUGAUAAAGUAACCUUGGCUGAGACACUCAAAGGCACUCACACCCUCUUGUCGUUUGUUCAGCUUCUCUCAGAUCCCGAGCAGAAAUCGCAAAAGAAUCUCAUUGAUGCUGCGAUCGCAGCCGGCGUGAAACGGUUUGCCCCCAGCGAAUAUGGAAGCAAGAGCACGGUAAACAUGCCUUGGUGGGAUGGAAAAGAGAAGAUUAGAGAGUACUUGAAACAGCUGAACCAGGAAGCCAAGGUCCUUGAAUACACUCUAUUCCAGCCAGGCCUAUUUUUGGACUACCUUGCCUUUCCCCACCAGACGGCCAAGCACAUCGCUCCACUGCAGACCGUGUUCGACUUCGAGAACAGACGCGCGAUGAUGGUGGAUGGUCAUGAGGAUGCCGUUAUGACCUUUACUGCGGCUGCCGACUUUGCCGCAGUUGUUGCGAAGGCAGUAGACUAUAGUGGUACAUGGCCUACAACAGCGGGAAUCAGGGGCAACAGACUCACCUUUUCCCAAAUCCUUGACAUCGGCGAGAGAGUGCGAGACGCUUCUUUCACAGUAGAUAAAUUGAAGGCCGUUGAUCUCCAGGCGGGCAACCUGACGGCAUCAUGGGCACUUGAAACCGCCCAUCAGGCAGUUUCGGACGACCAAGCCUCAGAACUACUCAAAGCGGUGUCCAUCGGCAUCCUCCUCAGUAGUGUAAGAGGUGCAUGGGACUCAUCGGAUGAAAUGAAUCGCCUUUUCCCAAGUUACAAGUUUACCAGGGCUGACGAAUUUCUCGCCAAGGUUUGGGGAGGACAACAGUAAUCAGGUAGAGCGCCGCCCUCUACAAUUGGAAUCCAACUGUCUUUCUCGAAGUGCUCCGAGGCCAUAGAUCUCUUUGCUACACUACCACAAUUGAUUCUACAUCACUUCAGCGCAUAUAGAUGCGCACUUUGGCAGCCUGCAAGGAGGUUUCUCUGGGUAUUUCAUUCACCUUGUUAUGCUUGUGAUCAAUUCAUG